CUGAUGAGAAUUUUUAUUUACAACCACUUGAAGAUCUUAAAGAACAAUCUUUAUCUGCACAAAAUAUUGAUUUUAACACUCUCUUACAAUCGGCAAAAUUACUAUUACAAGCAAUCUUUGCUAAUUCAAUUCAAGAAAAUAAUGAUAAUACAA